CAGUGCCAGAUAACCCUUAACUAACCCACGCAAGCAAGUAUCUAUGCGCUGUCACUUCCCACACACCACCAUCACUCCCUCCUUAGAUUUUCCUAAUCUCACGCCCCCCUUUACCCUAUCGUCACCGUCAAACCCUAUAAAAGGUUAGCCACCACCCCCAAAUCCACCAUUCUCUUCAUUCUAGGGUUUUCUUUUUCAAAUCUCUCUCUCUCUCUCUCUCUCUGUAUUGCGUAACGUGAAACGGAACGCCGAAGCAUUCGCUGUUGGUGGUUAACGAUUCUAAUUUUGUUUCUCUCAGAUUAACCUAUCUCUGUUCUGCGUCGAUUGUAAAUCUCAGUGUUUUUACUUUGAUCCUGGAUUUAAUAUGAAGCGCUUGAGGAAAUCCAACAGGGUUUCGUGGGCUACUGGAGUGAACCUGUGUCAGGUAAAAUUGUUCUUGUCUGACGAUUACCCCUCAAAAGUUGGCCAUAAAUUGCAAGAUCAUCUUCAAGCAAAGGCAUCAUCGAUGUUACAUUCUAGUAUGAGUGAACCUAAUGAUUUACCCCCUGGGUUUGAAAGCAGUCAUUUCCGAAACCAAUCGAAGGUUGAACUCUCCUGUAUAGCCCAGACAAAAUGGGAAUGCCCUGCACCGUUUGUUGUCAGUUCUCAUUGGCGUGUUGCAGCUGGUGAAGAAAGUAGGGAAAAAGAGGACCAGAAACUGAGAGAAAUGAGAGUGCUCGAAGCGGUUUAUCCCCGGCUUUCUGCCAUUCCUCCUAGCCCUACUGUCUCCUUGAAUGUAGAAGAGGAAGAUUAUGAUGAUAACAUUACUCCUCUCAUCCCGAUCAUUCCCAUUGAAGAGGAAGAAUCUAUGGAUAUUUUGCCUGAAUUUUCAGUAGAAGUGAACCCUUCCCCCAAUGUGCAGUUGCAGAACUCUCAGCAGUAUAUGUCUGCUACAAAUUCAAUUAGUUCAGCUUCUAAUGCCUCUCAUAAAGUUUCUCUGGAUACCUGUUUAAAGCCCCUAGCUGGGGAAUCAUCUGGUUUGGAAGCAGAUAUAGUAGCAGCCUCUUCCGUUGUAGCAACCAUUAUGAGUAGUAACGAGCAAGGACGCCUCAUUGAUAUGGACUUACUGGUUAAAAUAUUCAAUGAUCCAAAAGUAAUUGAGAAGUUGAUUAAUGAACAUACAACUGCAACUACCACCUUAAGUGCUUCCUCAAAUACGGUGGAUAUACCCUCUUCAGGUGUGAAGCCUGCUAUUCCAUCAGCUCUGUUGUCUACAUCUACUCCUGAUGUGAUAGCUUCUAGGGCUACACACUCAAGUACAGGGGUUUUUUUGCCUUCUGGGUUGAAGCCUGCAAAUCCAUCAAUUUCAUUGUUGAAUCCUACACUUGAUAAGCCAGCCACUCUGUCAGUGGCUGCAAUUCCACCAAUUUCACUAUUGUCUUCUACACACGAAAAGCUGGUAACUGCAUCAGUUCCAUUGUCUAGGCCUGUGUCUGGUAAGCCAGUAACUCCCCCAGUUUCAAUGUUUACACCUUCACCUGCACCUAAUAUGCACAGGUCUAUCAGCAAAAAUUUUCACCAUGUGACAAGUGGAAUGUCCCCUGCCUUAAAUACCCAGUCUCAGCAGGAUACAGCUCUGGCAUCUGGGCCUAAGCGAGCUGCAUCAGUGGCAUCCAUAUCUUCCAGUGAGUUAAACCCAGGUCCAUUGCCAUCUACUACUGGGAACUUGCACGCAGUUGGGAAUCAGGUGCAAUCAGCUGCUAGUACAGUGCCUUAUAAACUAAGUACAGGUUCAGCAUUUGCUGUAAAGGAUGCCAACUAUUAUAAAAACCUCAUCAGGCAACAUGGUGCAGAUAGGCAAGAUAUGCAGGACUCACACAUAGGUAUCCGUCAUAGUAAAUUCCAAGAUAUGAAACCGGUACAUAACUUAAAACAAGGAGAAGUGAACCACAAAAUCCAGAAACCAUGCAUAUAUUUUAAAAGCUCAAGGGGGUGCCGAAAUGGUUCCAAUUGCCCCUAUCUGCAUGAUAUUCCAGCUCAGUGGGGAGCUGGUAACGUCUUAGGGGCACAGAGUGCAAAAAGACUGAAAUUGGGAUCAGAAAUUUAGGGGAGAACUAAAUCUAAAGAGGCAUAUUUUAACGGUAAAAAUUACAAGCCUUCUUUUGUUUCACCGUAAAGAACUUGCACAUAGAGAAACGGGGUGGAAAGAGGGGUAGAGUAACAAGUGGGACAUUAAUUUCAUUGGUUCAUUUCAAGUUUUCUGGGAGUGCUUUGGUGGCUAGUUUUUACUUGAUUUUGGGUUGCAGUAAUUUUCAUACAAUUGGGUGGAAGGUUUUAUAGUUCUUUGCAGGGUUAGUUGGUUUGAGAAUUUGACAUUAGUGUUUUUGGUCAAAAUGGUAUUUUUCAUUAUUGCA